UCAGCCCCCGGCUUCACCUGUUCGCGUGCACAUUUCUUCCCUUUUUUUCCCACUUGGGAUUGCCUUCGAUCGCCCCAUGAUAAUGACCGACACCCUGAAGCCUAGAACGAUGCUGUGGUUCUGCAGCCUGCUGCUCCUCUCCCCGGCUCUGACCGGUGCCUCCCUGGCCGAGAUGGUGUUCCGUUGCCCGGGCUGCACCGCCGAGCGCCAGGCGCUGUGCCCGAAGCUUGCAGAGACGUGCGCGGAAAUGGUGCGCGAGCCGGGCUGCGGGUGUUGCCCCGUCUGCGCCCGGCAGGAGGGGGAGACGUGCGGCGUGUACACCCCGAGGUGCUCCACCGGUCUGCGGUGCUACCCGACGCCCGACUCGGAGCUGCCGCUGGAGCAGCUGGUGCAGGGCCAGGGCCAGUGCCGGCGCAAAGUGGAGACCGAGGCGGCCACUUCCAGCCAGGAGCAGCGGGAGCAAAGCAGCGGUGAGGCUUUGGAGCAGCAGCCCGAUGUGGCCGUGAGCGAGAUCCCAACCAUCCGAAGGCCCACUAAAGAAACCAUGUGGCUGGGACCCAAAGAGAGCGCCGUACGCCAACACAGACAGGAGAUGAAGACCAAAAUGAAGACCAACAAGGUGGAAGAGGUGAGACCUACUCGGCCCAAACAGACCCAGUGUCAGCAGGAGCUUGAUCUGGUCCUGGAGCGAAUAUCCAAGAUGCCCUUCAGAGAUAACAGAGGUCCACUGGAGGACCUCUAUGCAUUGCACAUCCCUAAUUGUGACAAAAGGGGGCAGUAUAACCCCAAACAGUGCAAGAUGUCCCUCCAUGGUCAGAGGGGUGAGUGCUGGUGCGUUGACCCCCACACCGGCCGGCGUAUCCCAUCGGCCCCGACUGUCAGGGGUGACCCAAACUGCACCCAGUACCUCACAGGGCUGGAGCUGGAGCUCCCCGACCCAGACCAGGUCUAGUGUGGCAGAAAAAAAACAAACAAACCAAAAACUUGGGGAAAAAAAUGAGUAAGCUAUUUCUCUACGUAUGUCUGUCUCUAGCUCAUCUGAAGACGUUUUAAACAAUUUAAAUGAUAGAAUCAAAGAUUGAACUUCAAACUAAAUCUUAGACUUGGGUUUUUCAGAAGGAGGGUCCGUAACAAAGCUACUAACUGUGACUGCUCAGUUUUUGGAUGUUUUUAGUUCUUUUCUUGCUCUAGCUUGCAGACUACUGUUGCUCCCUGUGUUCUACUCUAAACCUGUGAGUGUGCCUGGCUUUUAUUUUGAAGUAGAAAAUGUUCAGAGAAGGAACAUGAUAAAAAAUAAAAGAUAAAAACAUCUA